AUGGACAAGAACCCACGCCUGCUUGCAGAUGUGGAGGCAGCUGGGAAGCGCAGUACGGAGAACGUGGCACGUGUCGAAUCUACUGCAGCUCGCGAGAGGUCUGAGCGUCUGCAAGCCGAGAAGGGAGGCCGUGAGCGCCUAGGGCAUUUGGGUGGACGCUACGCUUUCCGCUGGCAGGGUGACGCUGACGAGGCAGAGUCGUUUGAGCUGAUCCUCCGUGAUUCCGGGAAGUUUGAGAGCCAGUAUUUCUCGCAGCUGGCAAAGACCAUGACCGACACGCAGACACACAGCGGAGUUUGGGAAGUCUCAGCCACAGAGCGCCAGAUACUGCUCUACAAAGAGGGUGGCGGCCCAGUCGAGCGCUGGGCUUUGGACGCUCACGGCGACCUCGAUGCUGGAAAGGAUUUUGCGCUGUCGAAGCAGCGCAUGAUCCUGCGACCAGAUGAUGACUGCCUGGAUGUAGCUGCGGCGCUGAAAUCCUUGCAGGUGGAUCGCACAGUUGGCCCCGUGAGCAAGGAGCUCUUCACCCCAGGGCCUGCUGCCGGGAAGCACCGUCUCGAGGAGUUCGUACGAAAGCGCCUCUCCCUGUUUGGGCAGAAGCGCAAUGAUCCUACGAAGCAGGCCGUAUCGGGCCUUUCUCCAUGGAUCAAGUUUGGCCAGAUUUCUGCGCAGCGCUGCGCCCUGGUCGUGCGGAAGGCCGCCAAAGGUGCGGCCAAGUCUGCGGCGAACGACUUCCUGGAGGAGUCGAUUGUGCGGCGAGAGCUCUCUGACAAUUACUGCUGGUACAACCAGAACUACGAUUCGCUGAAGGGUGCCUCGGCAUGGGCGGUUGAGACGCUGAAGAAGCACAGCAAGGACAAGAGGGAGUACCUGUACAGCAGGGCACAGCUGGAGAAGGCCAAAACCCAUGAUGAGCUUUGGAACGCGGCUCAGCGGCAGAUGGUUUCUGAAGGCAAGAUGCAUGGUUUCCUCCGAAUGUAUUGGGCAAAGAAGGUGUUGGAGUGGAGCAAAGAUCCAGCCACAGCUCUGGCCACAGCCAUUUACCUGAACGACCGCUACAACUUGGAUGGGCGAGAGCCAAAUGGGUACGUUGGUUGCAUGUGGUCCAUCUGUGGAGUGCAUGACAUGGGAUGGUCAGAGCGGAAGAUCUUCGGAAAGAUUCGGUACAUGAACUACGAGGGCUGCAAACGGAAGUUCAACGUGAAGGAGUUCGAGAGCAUGUAUCCUGCAAACAGCGAGGUGAAUGGUGUGCAGGUCGGGGAAGCCUCCAAGAAGAGGAAGUCGACCAAAGCUGCCUCCUCGGGUGCUGCUAAGCGGCAGAAGAGGUCAAAGUGA